AUGAAGCGCAAGGCCCCUGAUGCAAGGGAGAAUGGUGAGACCAAAGUGACCCCACACAUCCCUGUGGCCCACGACCAAGCAAAGGCGUGCGUGCUGUGUGGCCGGGCAGACACUGAUCCAGAUAUUUAUGGGGAGAAGAGCCAGGAUAAUGGUGUCUGCACCCAUGAGAAUUGCCUGUAUCUGGCCAACAGGCUUUUCUUGAGGCGGGCAAGGAACAACGAAGUCCACAACAUCCACCCUGAGGACGUCCGACGGGUGGUGAAGCAGGCCUCUAGGAAGAUCUGCUAUGUCUGUGGCGAGAGGGGGGCCACCAUUACCUGCCAGGGGAAGAAGUGCAAGUGCAGCUUCCAUUUCCCCUGCGGCCGUGAAAAUGGAUGCAUCUCCCAGUUCUUUGGGCAGUACAGGUCCUUCUGCCAGGAGCACAGGCCAGCACAAACAGUGCAGGCGCACCAGGACAGCCAAACCUCAUGUGUCAUUUGCCUGGAGCGUGUGGAGGAGAAGCUAUCCUACCAGACUAUGGUGUGCCCCAACUGCAGGCAGGCAUGGUUCCAUCGGGGCUGCAUCCAGCAACAGGCUUUUCAUGCUGGGCUGCUUUGCUUCCAGUGCCCCCAGUGUAAUGACAGGGAGAAAUUCCUGCCAGAAAUGUCUUCCCUGGGGAUCCAGGUCCCAGCCAGACAACCAGCAUGGGAGGCUGGUGCUGGCUUUACAGAAAUGUACCAGAGGCACAGCCAAUGCGAUGCCAGCCUGUGCCUCUAUGCCCAAGGCAGGGAGCAGGCAGAAGAAGAGGGAUGGUACCUGCUCCUGUGCUGCUCCUGUGCUGCCAAGGGCACCCACCGAUGCUGCUCAGACUUGAAGGACAGCACAGCCACAUGGGAGUGUGAGGACUGUGCUAGCGUGAGCACUG